GUUUUCAUUUCCUCAUAGGAAGAAAAGACACACUAUAGAAUAAAGUCACGCAGAGCACAUUGAACCUCUGCCACCAUGGGGAACUGGGCUGUGAAUGAAGGGGUCUCCAUCUUUGUCAUUCUGAUGUGGCUGGGGAUGAAUGUCUUCCUCUUUGUCUGGUACUAUCGAGUUUAUGAUGGUCAAGAUAAAUACUUUUAUACUAGAAAACUCCUUGGGUCAGCACUGGCCCUGGCCAGGGCCCCUGCAGCCUGCCUGAAUUUCAACUGUAUGCUGAUCCUGCUGCCAGUCUGUCGAAAUCUGCUAUCCUUCCUCCGGGGUUCCAGUGCGUGCUGCUCAACAAGAAUUAGAAGACAACUGGACAGGAACCUCACCUUUCAUAAAAUGGUAGCAUGGAUGAUAGCACUUCACUCUGCAAUUCACACCAUUGCACAUCUAUUCAAUGUGGAGUGGUGUGUGAAUGCCCGAGUCAACAAUUCUGAUUAUUAUUCAAUAGCACUAUCUAAAAUUGGAGACAAAGAUGAUGAAACUUAUCUCAACUUUGCUCGAGAAAGAAUCAAGAACCCUGAAGGAGGCCUGUACGUGGCUGUGACUCGGUUGGCAGGAAUCACUGGAAUUGUGAUCACAUUGUGUCUCAUAUUAAUUAUUACCUCCUCCACCAAAACCAUCCGAAGGUCUUACUUUGAAGUGUUUUGGUACACACACCAUCUCUUUGUGAUCUUCUUCAUUGGUCUUGCCAUCCAUGGAGCUGAACGAAUUGUACGUGGUCAGACUCAAGAAAGUUUGGAUGAGCACAAACCAUUACUAUGUCAUCAAAAUAUCUCACAGUGGGGAAAAAUAAAGAACUGUCCAGUACCAAAGUUCUCUGGGAAUCCUCCUAUGACUUGGAAAUGGAUAGUGGGCCCCAUGUUCCUAUAUCUCUGUGAGAGGUUGGUGCGGUUCUGGCGAUCUCAGCAAAAGGUGGUCAUCACCAAGGUGGUCACCCACCCUUUCAAAACCAUUGAGCUGCAGAUGAAGAAAAAAGGAUUCAAGAUGGAGGUGGGACAGUACAUUUUUGUCAAGUGUCCCAAGGUGUCCAAGCUCGAGUGGCAUCCUUUCACACUGACCUCUGCCCCAGAAGAAGACUUCUUUAGUAUCCAUAUUCGCAUUGUUGGGGAUUGGACGGAGGAGCUAUUCAAUGCUUGUGGCUGUGAUAAGACAGAAUUUCAAGAUGCCUGGAAACUACCUAAGAUUGCAGUUGAUGGGCCCUUUGGGACAGCCAGUGAAGACGUUUUCAGCUAUGAGGUGGUGAUGCUCGUGGGAGCUGGGAUUGGGGUCACGCCCUUUGCAUCCAUUCUCAAGUCCGUCUGGUAUAAAUAUUGCAAUAAUGCCACCAAUCUGAGACUAAAGAAGAUCUACUUCUACUGGUUGUGUCGAGAUACACAUGCCUUUGAAUGGUUUGCAGAUCUGCUGCAACUGCUGGAAACCCAAAUGCAAGAGAGGAACAAUGCUGACUUUCUCAGCUACAACAUCUACCUGACAGGCUGGGAUGAAUCUCAGGCCAAUCACUUUGCUGUACAUCAUGAUGAGGAAAAAGAUGUGAUCACAGGCCUGAAACAGAAGACUCUGUAUGGACGACCCAACUGGGAUAAUGAGUUCAAGACAAUUGCAAGUCAACACCCUAAUACCAGAAUAGGAGUUUUCCUCUGUGGACCGGAAGCAUUGGCUGACACACUCAAUAAACAGAGCAUCUCCAACUCUGAGUCUGGCCCUCGAGGAGUACAUUUCAUUUUCAACAAGGAAAACUUCUAACUUGUCUCUUCCAUGAGGAAAUAAAGACAAGCUGUCCUGCCAAAUGACCAAAUAAUGCUAGUUGUUAACACAAGAUCCUGCUUCUAAUGAAAAGGAAACAGGAAGCAUAAAUGUUGUACCAAAAGGAAUGCCAAUUAUUGUCUGCUAGUGAUGUUACAUGUAUAUGAUUUUUAGCUUUUAGAGUACUUAUACAAACAUUAUUUCAUUUUUAAUUCUCUCCUAUACCAGAAGGAACAUAUGGCAAGGAAUCUCAGACUCAUUUGGAGGGGAAAAAAGGGGGCUCCAAAGGUUCUGUAGCUUUCUUAAGAUAAUGAAGCUAAGAUUAGAUUUAGGUCACCUGAUUCCAGGUUUGGUAAUAUGUCUACAACAUCAGGCUGCCUUAAAUUUCAGUUUUUAAAAUCCCACCACCACAAAAGAGAAGCUUGUCAUUUCCCAUUUUCUGUCAUCUUUGUUCUUGUUAUUGGAUUUUUGAAGGAGAUUUUUUUUUUCAGAUAGGAGAUAAUACGUGCUGAAGGUGACCUUAAUGCUUACUAGUGACAGCAUUCACAUAUCAGCAGAUUCCAGCUUACCCAUACAGAGGGUCUGAGUUAGAGAAACUACCAAAGAAUACUAGACUUGUUGGACAGAAAUUAUCUACCAAAGAAUAUUAGACUUAUUAGAGUUACUGUAGUACUUAGUAUUUACUAUGCUGCUUGGCAAAGUGGCUACUGAAGGAGUUUGUUGAAUAAAUGAAUUAGUGAAUGAAGAAUGACAUGUAGAACUAUACACUGCCAGAAUAGAGUUAAUUUAAAGCCUUGAUGAGAAUUUCCUAAAGAAAUAAUUUCUGCUACUCAUAGAUACCAAAGCAUAGUAACUUCCCCAGGAGUACAGAAAAAAAAACUUAGUAUUUUAAUCAAUAGGACAGCCAGAAGGCUCCUGAUAUUCUUACUUGGGGGAUGGAGAAAAAUGAAAGAUGGAGGUCGAGAAAGGACCUCCUGUCUUGCCACUGGCUCUUCUAAUCCUGCUCCCUCAGCUAUGACAGAACAGCACACUGGUAUGCUGCUAGAAAUGGUCUCCUUCCAGCUCUUGCAAAUUUUUGAUUUAAGAAUCUUAAUAAAUAUGUAUCUAAUCAUGUACGUCAGACUGAAAGUCCAUCUCUGGUUUAACUUGGAUAUCAACAGAAGUGGAUUCUAUAUGUGUAGCUGAUGGUUUAUUUGAUUCUAUCAUCAUGUCCAUCAUCCUCAUCAUCCCUUUCCUGAAAUACAUAUUCUAGAUGAACAUCUCCAGAUAACUGUGUAGAUAGUAAACUCAUACCCAAAACAAUGUUCUGGAUAUCCAAGAAUUCAUGACUAAAUCACUAACAUUACUGAAACCACUUCAUUUGCCUCACCCAUUGGGGCCACAGAUACUUAGAAAUAUUAAGCUUUGGUAAAGUCAAAAGACUUGUGAGGGGGAAGGGAAGUGAGGGGAAGGAAAGGAAUAGAAUAAGAGAAAGCAAAAAAGACAAGAGAAAGUUAGAAAGGACAGAGGGAAAGAAGUCUCACAUUGCUCACGUCCAAUUCCAGAUUUACCAGUUUGUAUGUACUUCAUGUAAUCAAAGGAGGCAUAGAAAAUUCAUUUUAUAUUGAUUACAUAUGGUAUUCAACCUUGAAAUUCUGAUCACAAAUUGUGAAGCCAGCUGGACGUAAUUAAUCCUUAUGGGAUUGUUUUUGGUGUCUCAAUAUCUUUAAGCCAAUGAUAGCUGGUUCUGACAAAUAAGGUCUUACUAUUUGGGUUCACAUAGUGCAUCUCAGAAAUGUGCAGGAAGGUUACUUCUUGGAGAAGGAGGUUAGCUUCUUCAUGUUGCACCCCAGGUAUUCAUUCAUUCAACAAAUAUUGUGUCAUAACUGUGAGCAGGUGCUAUGUAUUUAUUUGAAUCCUUUAUACCAAACUGUGACUUUGAAACAGACUCAAGUUGAAAGAAAUCUGAGCAGAACUAGACAUAGUGGUUCCUGUCUAUCAACCUAGCUAAGAUCAUGGUAGGCCCUGGCAAAAGCACAAGACCUCAUCUGAGGAACAAUUAAAAGAAAAUGGUCAGGAGAAGUAGAUUAAGUAUUAGAACAUUUGCCUUGAAAGAUAAAGGCCCUGUGUUCAAACCCUAGUACCAUCAAUGAAGAAAAGACAGAUAAUAGACAAAUAAUUAGAUUUAGCCCUUUCUAGCAUAGGCACAUGAGUAAAACCUGCUCCAUCUGUUUAUUUUUCCAGAGUUCUCUAUGUUUGACACAAAUUAGUUAUCAAAAUAGAGAAAUUCUUCCGUGUGUUAUUUUGGUUAUAAGAUUAAAAAUGCCAUUUUGAGAGCUUCCUUCUUUAGUUUCCCCCCAAGCCCCAAACCCCAAACCCCAGCCACCAGCUAUCAACUGCCAGCUGUGAGCAUGGCUAUUUUUAGCAUUUAGUAUUUUGCAUUUGGUAACAGGUAUUGAGCGAAUGAUAAAACAUUGUUUUUAAUCUCAUGGCUACAAGUGCUUUUCUUAAUUCUGCUUCUGAAAUACUGUGUGUAUACUAUUUCAAUAGCAGUAGGCACUAUGUAUGAAUCAGUUUGGAUGGGAAGGUGAUCUGAGCAAUAUUUCUUAGGAAAUGCUAUUAAAAUUGUGCCUAACUACUAAAACCAGUGAA